AGCGUCCAAUCAGGGCCGGGGGCGGGCGCGCUCUGCCGCGUGGAAGUCCCUCUGCACUGCGGUGUCUACCUUGCGCACCUGCCCCGCGCGGCCCUGGGUGGGCGGUCUGUGUGGCUCUUACCUGCGGGGGCAGCAGGGCGGUGGGGCCGCGGGAAGGACCCCCGGAGAGCCCAGAGCGGCCGCGAGAUGGCCUUGGUGGUCUUUGAGGAUGUGGCUAUGGACUUCACCCCGGAAGAGUGGGCACUGCUGGAUCACACUCAGAGGGGGCUCUACAGAGACGUGAUGCUGGAGACCUGCCGACACCUGGCCUCUGUGGAGUGUUACACUCAAGCUCAAACCAAUGGAUCCAGUCCUCCAUGGGAUAUUUUGGAGAAUGAAAUACCAAGGCGAGGGAAAAUAGUAAGUGUUCCAAGAAAUGAUUCCAUGUGUAUUUUUGGAGAAAAUCGGACAUUUUAUAACAUUGGAGAUGAGCCCCAAGUCCAGGAGAGGCAUUUGAGAAGCCAUUUCUUGGAGAGUCUCUGUGAACGUGAUGAAGGUAAUCAACGUGGAGAAGCCCUGAAUCAGGUUACAAGUCUUCUUGUACAUGAGCGUUAUCCUACUGGAGAUAAACCCUAUGAAUGCCGACAUGUGGGAACACAAACUGGAGCGAAGCCCUAUGAAUGUAAAGAGUGUGGGAAAGCCUACCGUUGUUCCUCAUCCCUACGAAGACACGCGAGAAUGCACACCAGAGAGAGGCCCUAUGAGUGUCCACAGUGUGGGAAAGUCUACAGCUCUUCCUAUUCCCUCCAAGGCCACGUGACAGUGCACACUGGGGAGAAGCCAUACAAGUGUCAGCAGUGUGGGAAAGCUUUCAGACGGCUUCAUCAGUUUCAAAGUCACACAAGGUCGCACAGUGGAGUGAAGCCCUAUAAAUGUAAGGAGUGUGGGAAAGUCUACAGUCAGUCCUCAUCCCUUCAGAUACACACAAGAAUGCACACUGGGGAGAGGCCCUUUGCAUGUCCACACUGUGGGAAAGCCUUUAGUCGUCUCUCCUCCCUUCGAGGACACCUGAGGACGCACACUGGUGUGAAGCCCUAUGCGUGUGGGGAGUGUGGGAAAACCUUCAGAUAUCCUGCAAGCUUGCGAGGCCAUGUGAUGACCCACACAGGAGAGAGGCCCUAUGAGUGUAAGGAGUGUGGGAAGACGUUCAGGUAUCCUUCAAACCUGCGAGCCCACAUGAGGACACACACUGGGGAGAAACUCUUAAUACAAGGAGAGUGGGAAAGCCUGCAUUCCCCUAAAGCCUUGUCAUGAGAACAAACUGGAGGAAAAUCUUAGGAAUGGACAGAUUGUUGGAAAACCUUCAGUUGUGAACUUCGCCCAUGCUGUAUGUGAAAACUCAGGGCCAGGCAGAAGCCUUUUGUCUUUGUAAGGGCCUCAUCCUUGAUUCCUGGUAUCACUUUAUAAUGCAUGCUCCAGAUACGAACACUUUUGUAAUAUGUAUUCCUUUGUGCCCCCUUCAUCUUCACUACAUAUAUUUUGUCUCUUGGACUUUCAAUAAUUGUACAGUUUCACAAAACAUGUGGUAUUUCCAUUACAAUGUUUUGGACCCAAAUUAGAUGGGUGUUUUUUGUAUUUUGGUCUUCUUUUAUACAACUCAAUAUAAUUUUAGAUGAAGAGUGUUUUGAAUCUUCUUUUCUAUUAUGUUCCUAGUAUUUGAUCAUGGUAUGAGAUCUAUUUUGAAAUUCCUGUUCUGGCCCACUGUUGCAGAUACUGGAAUUUCCUGCCAAAAUGUUUACCUUCCCCUUCAAUCUUUAUUAUUGAAAAAUGUAUCUUCCACAUUUGCUGGUUGCUACUAGAUACCACAUGUGUGUUCCUCACAGCAAUCACUAAUUGUGGAAAGAUCUAGAAAGUGAACAGUCUCUUCUGAUUAUGUUCAUAAUUUGUCUUCUGCUCAUUGUCCUUGAUGUUGCAGAGAAGUUGGACACCGUGUAUUGAAUUCAGAAGAGAGACAAGGCAUGAAUAGUAAAGCUAGUGUCCAGACAGUUCUACUGAGUUGUGUAGUCCGCUUUGGUAUGGUGGGAAACUACAUCCCAGUGUGCUUGUGUUUAUGGCUCUUAAGUUACAUUCGUAAGAGGAAGAUGCAUGAAGUUUGGAAAGCAGAAGUGGAGAAGCCAUGAUUCUCUGUUCUGUACCACCAGGAGACAGAGAUGCAUGGGAACUAGGCACCAGCUUCUCAAGCUUGUUCCAGAAGACCCCUCCUGAAGGACCCUUUUGUUUCCAGGUCCACACAGGUCCUUGCACUUUCCUGUAGCUCUUUGGUGUGCCUCGGACCUCUGCAAGCUGUCACACCGAGCAGUGUCUGUCAUCCUGUGACCCUACUGAUUGCCAACACUUCUAGUUACAUGAUCUCUCUAGUAAGCAUCUUGUUCUAAGAGUCGAUCUGUCUCCUGCAUCCACCCUGACAGAUUCAAUGCUGUAGCCACAGACGCAGAGCACUUCUCUGGUUGCACUGCUGCGUGGCUACAUUGGCCUUGUAUUAUUUAUUUUUCGAUAACUCCAGGAUUGAAAUAAGCACUUGUGAAUAUAGUUGGUAGUUGUCGGAGUUUCCUCUUCUAGCUGAUUGCCUUCUAAAUGAUAAGCCCAGUCAGUUUGAUUAUUUGCCAUUUUUAUAUAGGAUUGCCUACCAUGUAUUCUUUCAUUUUUCAUAUAUGAUUCAAAACAAUGCAUUUUUUUAAGCAAAUAUAGUUCUGUACAUUGUUUCUUAGCUCGUUACCUAGGUUUUGUAAAUGUGCCCAUAUUUCUAUAUAUAUUCUGGAGUAAUAGUAUAAAAUGCUCACACCUUUUGACAUUUUUCUUCUUGGUGUGUUUUUAUUGAAUUCCAAUUCAUCUACCUUUUUUUUUUCAUUAAAACUAGUUUUUCAUUCCUAAUAGUGAAAUCCUAAAUACUGCUUAUGUAAUGGCCUCCAGCCCCAAGGUCACCAGGAAUCUGGCUUCUGCAGUCCCAUAACUGGUGAAGGGGGAACCGUGACUGGAACAAAGACGUUAGUUGUUGAAGUGAGUAGUGAGUACUUAGUUGUGGUGGGAAUGAGUUCGUCCAGUUUAUAGGUAUAACUGCUUUGAGUGAAUUCCACAGAUUCCUGGAAGUGCAGUUUCUAAAUGUUUAUUUUCCAAAUUGCUCUUAGAGGGUUAAUGGAAAACUGAUACCUGAAUGGAAACCUCUCUUCCCUCUUUUUGUCUUGCUAGUAAUUUUGCCUAACACCUACAGGAUGUCUUUUCCUGGUGGUAGUUGCUUGAAUAAUGCUGUUGCCCAGCAAUGUUCCCUUGAAUUAUUCCACCGGAUGAAAAUGGGCCACGCCUUUCUCUUUUCAUUCAGACUUGCUGUGAGUCAGUUACCUGCCACCAACUGAGAAAGUGCUUCUCAGAACCUGAUCCUGAAAUCGUGGAGGGUUUGGAGGCUGUCAAUCUGCCCCUGUGCUGUGUACUUCUAGGAGAUGGCCAAUCAUGGGAAGGUAAGAAGAUGGGGCACAGAAAGGCUCAAGAAAGCAAGUGUAUUACACUCAGGUCUUAGACAUACAGUAAUGGCUUGCAAAAAGGGGGUGAUACUAGGGUGGUGCUAAGGGAGCAGGUGGGAAUCAUACGGCAUGAGGAACCGUGGGCAGGGCUUAGAUAGGUAUGGAGCAUAAUUUUUUAUUUUGCACUUAGAGUGCAAAUAAUGACAAUGAGUAAUGACUGAGAAAAUCAUUUGGAAUCUUGAUCCUGUGUUGGUUUCAUCCUAGAUUUUUGGCCUCUGGCACGUCACCUACAUGAAUAGGCCUUAGUCAACGCAUAAAAGGAGAUAAUAAAAAUAUCUACAUUAUAGAGAUUGCAGAGAAGUAACUGAAUUGAUAUGUUCUGAGCUAUUUUAUGGAAAACGUAAAACAAGUGCCUGAUAAGAUUAAGAUACGUGUUAGUGUUCAAAUAGUAAAUGAAAGUGGCAGUCGUAGUCGCAGACAAGUGCCAGCUGGCCUGGCGCUCACUACUGUGGCUUUUCUCCUCGAGAAGAAACAGCGUCCCCCAACUCUGUCAUCAGAUGGUGCAGUUGGGUGUCUGUGAUGGGUCAAGGCAAAUGAAGAGCAUGUUAUAGUCAUGCAUAUGUAAAAAGGCUAAAAAUCAGACUCCAAACUGCAAAAUAACCAUUCCCCACUCCUUGCUAAUCUCUGGUGCCUUUUUGCCAAUCAUUUGUAGCUGCACUGUAUUCUUCGUGGUUUCUAGAUAAGAACUACAAAGAUAUACAAUCAUAAAAUUAUGUUUGCCUUCUGAAGCAUCGAAUCCAGGGCAGAGGAACACUUCUUGGACAUUCAAGUCAUCCAACAGAAGGUGAGGCUCUGACAGUCCCAGUUCCUGGAAUUGAGUGGCUCUGCUAAGAAGCCCCUCCCCACCAGUGGGCUGUCAUGGGCAACCUGAGAGUGAAGGAAACAGAAUCUUCAUGAACUUGGAGCUGGUAAUGAUUUCUUAACUAUGACACCAAAGUACAAGCAACAAAAAAAUGGAUACAAUGGAUACAACUUCAUCAAAAUUAAAAUUGUACAUCAAAAGAUCCUAUCGAGAGAGUAAAAAGACACCGGAAUGGGAGAACUUAUUUGUAAAUCAUCUAUGAGAUAAGGUUUGCAUAAAGAAGAUGAUGCCAGGGUUCUCGUUAGCAGAGUCAAAGACUGAACUUCGUGAACAGAGAAGGCAGGAGAUUUACAGAGAGUUUUUAUUUCAGGUACAGAGAGCGAGCUUUAUUCAGGAUAAGAGAAAGUGUGGAACUCCCCUCAGGCACAGGGAGGGGAAGGUUGCUGCUGGGACUCUCCGUGUCCAGGUUUUAUGCUUGCUGCAGCGGGAGUUUGCUAUAGAUUCAGCCAGAACGCUAAUUAUAUUAACCUCUGUCUGUGAAGGUUUCCCGGACACCCUAUUGUAAACUAAUGGGCCUACAGGACUAUGGGCAAUGAGCUGUUCUAUACCAAUGGGUCCGGAUGGGGAAUAAAUUGUUACAUUGUUUCAAGUA